AAAAUUCAGUCGUUCUUGCAUUCUUGCUUGGUCGAUACGCGAAUUGGUCUGCGGCCAAAUAAUUUUCAAAAUUUAAAAUUGUCGGCAUAACGCAAAUAAUUAAUCAUAAGGUUAACAGCAAUACAAUUUACAACAAAUAAAAUGUGAAAUUUUUAAACAACUGUUUAACUAACCCGAACGUGUGCUCCAAGUAGCUAAAAUUCUUUUGUGUUGGUGUACCUACCGUGUGUGUAUAUUUUUUUUAUGUUGCGAGUGAAGUUGAUUCGUUUGCUUGUAUGUUUGUGCCAAUGGGGAUGCUGGGUGCUGUGCGAGCUGCUGUUCGACCAAAGUCUUUCACUUCGAGAGUUUACACUUUGAAUCCAUUUUCGUAGGAAAUCAUUUCGAUAAUUCAUAUUUCUCGGUAUACACAAAAAUAGCAACAACAGAAAUAAAAGUACAAAACUAUUCAUAAUGUUUAUGGACUUGCUGUGAUUUACACUUUAGUCGAGUUGGUAAAGCUGGAUUUGAAGCCAUCGCUGCUCCCAUACAUACUCUUACACAUAUAGGCAGCCAAAGGAAUUUACAAAACAAAGCCUGGUCACAGCGAAAUGCACUUACCAAAUAUGUUUGAUACGAAAUGGCUUCCCGCUGCUUGUGGUAGUUUAGCUCCCGCCCUUAUACCCCCCGCUCACAUGGCCAUUCUCUGGUUCUUUUGGGAGAAUUAUGCCCGCUACGUGGACAAACACUUUUGUACCUGCUCGUGUUGGGAUACAGUCUUCAAGGGCCCAUAUGAGUCUGGGGUGGCUGCCUACAAACACAUGUACUUCAAUGCCACACAGAACACAUUUAAAAUGUGGCUCCUCACGGUGUUCGCCGUCAUUGGGUUGUACGAAUGCAUUAAGCGGCUGAUAGUGCUUAUCCUGCAACAACGCUUACGCUACUCCAUGUUGGUACUGUUCAGCCUAUCCAUAUUUUCCCACUACUAUGCGUGGUGGGCGUACAUGAACUACUACAACGACGACUAUUACCAACAAUGGAAUCAUCAGUUAUUCUUUACGAUAACUGAAAUAUUUGCAUCAGUCAUGGUUAUGCAUUUGGCGGACACCACAAAUCAGGUCACAAGCAAGAAAAUAUUUUGCAUCGUGGGCAUAGCGAUACUGCACAUUGUGGCCAGCAGUUUUGAUCAGUUCUUCUUAAAUGUUGUUCGCGGCGAAGGUUAUGCCCAUCAAAUUGUGCGUGAUAUUGGCUUCAUGGUGCCUGACAUAAUGCAAUUGGUGAUACCACUGUGGCUUCUGAAUCGCAUUCGAAAGGAGUCGUAUAGCACACGGCCAUUCCAUCGGGACCGCAAUCUGCACAAGGACAUUGUGGCCAUGGUGUUCUUCGUGAUAGCACUUUUCGCCAUUUGCACAAUUUUGUGAGAGGAGCUUUACGAAUGGUUUGGCAUAAGUUACGCGACCAUAAAAGGACCCAACGAUGUAAGACUGCUACCAAAUGCUGAACGCGAUGCUGAUAUUGAUGACAACGAUAAUGCCGAUCACCUUGAGUGAAGCGUACACAAGUCAACAGAAGAUAUAUAAUCGACGAGUCACAAUAGCUCUCUUGGUGUCGUAUGUAUUCGUCAUCGAGUAUUUCCCAAACAAGGUCGAAACUUUCAAAACAGAAAAAAACAAACAUGAUAAAAUCGCUCACAAUGCGUGUGAUGUCAAUAAAUUUUACAAUAGAUCACUAACUUUGCAUGGAGGAUGACCAUUGUCCUCGCUCUCUCACAGACAGCAACAACACUUGAUUACGAGUGAGUACUCCUCAACGAAGUCCUCCUACCCGGCAUUUGCAAUGUACAGGUGCACGAUAAUUGUGCAUUUUUAUCUACUAAGUACUAUCAGACAAUUAACUUUAGUCUAGUCCUUAGUGUUUUGACUACAUUUAUGUAGAUUUGUAUGAAUCGAUCCAACGAUAGAUCUAGAGACACUUAGUGCAAAUAGUGCAUAUCAAAAGUAUCAUUAACGUUUAGCAUUUAGAAUAAUACUCCAUGGAUAAUAUUGUAGUAUUACAAAUUUGUUAUAUCGCAAUUAUUUUGUUUUCAAUCGAUUAUACAUUUUGUUUG